GUUUCCAUAGAUGGCAAGGCUAUUGUCGACAGGAAAUAAACAUGCUGCUGUAGAGUAUGUGGAUCAGUUCAGAUCAUUUAAUUUUUUUGCAUACUGAUUUGUUAACACUUUUUUUCCAAAGUAUAUGGAAAUGAUCACGAAGGGUUGAGUGUCAGCAUCGUCUGAACAAGUGUAUGAAAGGUUUAGAUUUACAGUAGGUUAAUAAAUGAGAACUUCAGCCAUGAUGUCUUGUUCUGAUUCUCUCCGUGUGAUUGGAGUUCUUAUACUGACUUCACUGGCGCCAGUCUCCGGCUCAGAGUUUCAGCUAGAUGGAGAUUAUUUGAUUGGUGGACUUUUUGAUAUUCACCAUGUCAGUGGCCCCGUGGAUCAUGGCAGACCAGAAACCAUUCGUUGUUCCAGCCAACCGCUAAUUUUGUCCAGUUAUCGAAGGUUUCAGUUGAUGAGAUUUUCCGUGGAGCAAAUCAACAACUCCACUGACCUUCUGCCCAAUGUCUCACUUGGUUAUGACAUAUUUGACCACUGUUCAGAUGUUCACACCUUCGCAGGCAUUUUUAGUCUCAUCUCAGUCAAUGGCACAGUCAGACCUCUGGGCAAGGCAAACAAGAAUCUGUCGAAAGUUAUUGCCAUUGUUGGCACGUACACCAGUACUGAGACAUUGACUGUCGCCCCAGUAUUCAUGAUGGACUUGAUUCCUAUGGUUAGUUAUGGAGCUGCUACCUCCAUCUUUUCAAUAAAAAAGAAAAAUUUUCCCUCUUUUUUCCGAACGGUACAUCCCAAUAAGGAUGUCAUAGAAGUCAUCCUCAACAUCUUACUGCACUUUGACUGGCGCUGGGUUUCUUUUCUCUAUGUAAACAAUGACUACGGCAGAGACGGCCAGGAGACUUUCAUAAAUAGGAUAAAAGAAACAGAAAUCUGCCUGGCCUACACAAGAGGCCUCGACUAUGAUACAAAUUACCAGCAGGUUUUCCGACAGAUUAAUAUUCAGAAAGUGCAGGUCAUUAUUGUUUUUGCUCCUGAAUGGACGGCAGAAGCUCUCAUAAAGUCAGCAAUAAAUCUGAACUUCAGCAACAAAGUGUGGAUCGCAGGAGACGCAUGGGCACUGAACAAGAAACUGCCCCAGCAAACAGGGAUCAGAAAUAUCGGGACUGUUCUUGGAGUCGCCGAGCCACGCAGGCAAAUACCUGGGUUUUGGAAAUUUCUAGAUUCUUCUAGAAGCCAAACAAACAAUAAAACCAAUGAACAGCAGAAUUUAUGCAAUCAGGCUUUUGACUGCACAGACCUGAGUGCAGAGAACAUCAUGGCUGCAGACCCGUCCUUCUCCUUCCCUGUGUAUUCUGCUGUGUAUGCUAUUGCACACGCCUUACACAAUGUCUUACAGUGUGGAGAGGGUACAUGUACGGACAACAUGAGAGUGUACCCACACAUGGUUUUAGCAGAAAUGAAGAAAUCAAAUUUCACUCUGUUGAAUGAGAGAAUUCUGUUUGAUGAAAAUGGCGACCCCACGUUUGGAUCCUUUUCUGUAGUUUUUUGGAACCACAGUGGUUUUGCCCAAGAUAUUGGAUUCUAUAAUUUCCCACCGUCUUUUAAAUUCUUCAUUAAUAGCUCAAAGAUCCAGUGGCAUGGAAAUGGAGAAAUUCCAGUUUCAGUGUGUUCCCCAGAAUGCCCUGCAGGGUAUGCAAAACAGUCAGACAAAAUCCAGCAAUGUUGUUUCAAAUGUCUAAUAUGUCCAAAAGGAACUUAUAUUAACAGCACAGAAAACCCCUCCGACUGCAUUAGCUGCGCAGAAACAGAAUGGUCUGCAGAGGGAAGUACAUCAUGCAGCCUGCGGACAGUGGAGUACCUGCUGUUCACUGACAUUAAAGUUAUAGUGCUCCUAGUGGGUACCUGUGUCUUGGUGGCCAUCAUUAUAGCCGUGUGUGUUCUCUUCACCAUCAACUACAACAGCCCUGUGGUCAGAUCUGCCGGAGGACCGAUGUGCUUCCUCAUCUUAGGCUGCCUCGCUCUGUGCAGCGUCAGCGUGUUCUUCUACUUUGGCAAGCCGACAACUUUGUUCUGUAUUCUCAGGCUCUUUCCGUGUAUUUUGUUUUUCACUGUUAGUAUCGCAUGUUUCGGUGUGCGCUCAUUUCAAAUUGUUUGUAUUUUCAAAAUUGGUGCAAAAUUUCCCAAGAUCCACUGUUGGUGGGUCAAAUAUCACGGACAAUGGCUGACCAUCGCUGUGACAUUUGUUGUUCAGUGCAUUUUGAUUAUUUUUGGAACAUUAUAUGGAAACCCAAAGGCCCACGGUGAAACAUCUUGGUACAAAGAUAAAAUUGUAUUCAUUUGUGACGUAAAAAUAAUUGGACUUGCUGCCUCUUUGGCCUUUCUAUGGUCCCUGUGCUGUCUGUCUUUUAUUUUCUCUUAUAUGGGAAAAGACCUUCCAAAAAAUUACAACGAGGCCAAGUCAAUAACGUUCUGCCUGGUCCUGCUGUUCCUCACCUGGAUAUUCUUUGCUACUCACUACUUGCUAAACCAUGGCAAUGUAAUCACAGCCCACAGCGCUCUGUCGGUGCUCCUCAGUAUCUACUUCUUUCUGAUGUGGUAUUUUCUGCCCAAAUGUUACAUUAUAAUUUUUCAACCUCAGAAAAACACACAGCAGUAUUUCCAAGGUCUCAUCCAGACCUAUACAAAAACAAUUAGCCAGUAGUAGCUGGCUACAGUCAAGAGCUCUUCUCUUGGUGUCUGUCCAGUCUUUGACAUCAUUUAUUUAUAAUUGCAAUAACCUAUUGUUUCAAUAAUGCAGCUGUUCACACACACUUUUAUGCAGUGUCACCUUUUUGUAGAUAUGAUUAUUCCUGAUUCUCUCUACACACACAUCAACACUUUCACAGCUGUUGCUUUAGAACUC